AUGAAUUCUACAAAGAAGCAACUGGCAGAAAUGUUAGCGGAGUUACAGUCCAGAAGCAAAGCUCAAGUCAUCCUGGAAUCGGGUUUUUUGACUUUGAUUUUGUCGUUUUCGUUAGUCGCGAACUCCAUCACUCUCCUAGUCAUGCUGCUAAACCGUCGGCGAGAAACAAUUCAGACAAUUCCUAAUAUGUUAGUGGCAUCACUCGCUGUUACCGACUUAUGUUUGGGAGUUCUCGUGUCAGCUCUGUCAGGACCUGUUGCCCUGGUGACCUCCAGGUGGCCUUUUAAUGAUUGGAUCUGCCAAUUUUACGGAUACAUUUCCAUCACGUUGGCGGCUGCAUCGAUUCACACGUUGGUCUUGAUGGCGGUUAACAGAUUUUUUAGAAUUGUCAAACCAUCGAAAUAUCGCCGUUUCUUCACCAAGAAGAAAACCAUCAUCAUGAUUCUUAUGUCGUGGCUGCAUUCAAUGUGUGCUCCUUUGCCAUAUUUCCUCAGUGGUAAAAAGAUGGUUUUUCAUCCAUCCAAGUUCUUCUGUUAUCUUAGAAUCGAUAGUGGUGCAUUUGGCGCUGCCUUUGUGGUUGCAGUUUAUGUAGGGAUUCCAUCUUGUAUUAUCUUUUAUUGUUACCUUAGAAUCUUCAAGACAAUUCGUAGUCACAAUAACAACUUACAUUUCCCUGGAAACGGAAUUAAUAGCGUGAACGUGGAAGAAAUUAAAGUGGCACGCACACUAUUUGUGAUAGUGGUGUGUUUUAACCUUUGCUGGGCUCCAGUUUUGUUAAUUGACAUCGUGGACACGAUUCUUGGGAGAUGGACUUUCCCUCGCGAGGCGUACGUAGCAUACACGUUUUUGGCCAAUAUCAGCAGUGCGUUGAAUCCCUUGAUAUACGGUGUGCUUAACAAGAACUUCCGUAACGAUUAUAUCAAGGUGUUAAGCUGCAGAUGCUGCCGUGCUCAAGCUGCUGUAGAA